AUGCCCGACGACGAAGAAAAACUACAGCUACGAGCAGACGUUGAACGUUUCAAAAGAGCCAUUCGCCAGAAAGAUGAAAUGAUUGAAGAGAUGGAGAAUGAGCUCAACAGCUACGGAAAGCAACCUGUCUCCAAUGGAAAGGCUGAGGCUCGUGAAAAAGAAUUAGCAGGGCAAAUGCGAGAUCUUCAAUUCGAAAUGGACGGGAAAGAUGCUACUAUUCAUGAACAAACUGAGCUCAUUUCUUCUCUCAAAGUUGAAAUUGAUAAACUCGAGAAAACGAAUCGAGAACUCAUAAACCGAUCUGUCUGCGUUGAUAGUGAUGAAUCCAAUUUGUUCGAUGAAUCUCAAAUACUUCGUAUCAGUGAAGAAUGCGAGAAACUCAAAGAAUUAGCGAGCGCUCUCGGAGAGGAGAAUUUAGAACUAAAAAAGGACGCUGUAACAUUAAGAGAAAAUUAUGAAAGUGCGGUUGAACAUGUGAAGAGUCUCGAAAGUCACAGCAGAACGAAAGAGGAAGAGAUUACGAGGCUCGAAGGAGAGCUUUUUGAUCUCCGAAAUUCGAGUACAGGCAAAUUUGCUACUGCUGGAAACUCCAUUUUUGCAGAGGCAAUGGACGCUGAAAGACAACUCGAAGAAGAUCUGAAAACGUUAUACAGAGAAAAGCAGUCGCUGAUGAGCAUGGUCAAACGCCUCACAAUGGAGAAAGAGGAAGCUGAGGAACGUGCUCGCUCUCACAUGAAUCGCGGCCUCGUCGUUCGGAACGCCAUCAAUCAUAUCGACGUUCAAGAGCUCAACAGACUAAACAAGAGAGUUCGUCAACUUGAAACGGAAAAAUCCCAUUUUUGGGAGAAAAUUUUCAUCAAAAUGAGAUCGAUUUCCAAGAAAGAGUUGGGCGCGUUGAUUGUGGGCCAUUUUGGUGCUUUCAAAUGCUCAAUAGAGAAUAUGUCUGAAGGAUAUGACGAAUUGAUGAAGAAGAAUGAACACCACGUUACGACGAUUCGAGGACUUCAACAAGAAGUAGACACGCACCAAGUGAAGAUUGAGCAAUUGAAAUUUGAUGUUGAAUGUUUGGAAAGAAAACUUCGAUCCUCUGCAGCUAAUUCUGAACCCGAGAACCCGCAAUUACGAGCUCCCCUUCAACCCAUUACCAACGCCACUCGUCCGUCUUUCUUUGUAAAGCCGAAGAAAGCUGAUCCGGAACCGUCGUUGGAGAUUUCGAUGUCAAGUAUGAUGAUGACACCACAGAAGCCGUCAGCGCAAAUAACUUUUCGUUCGACAGUCAAAAAAGAAGAUGAUGAAUUGUCAGAAUGGGCGGAACGUAGAAUGAAAGCGAAGGCUGAAAAGAAGUCCGCAACACCUGCAGCUAAGUAUAAUUUCGUCAAACUGACAGCGCCGGCUCCAAGCAACAAGUUCAAGCCUGCCGUCCUACAGAUGCCAUCGAUUCAAUCAGAAAACACAGAAGAACAUGACAAUAAAUGUCAAAUAUUUUCCAUUUACGAAUUUCUCUGA